UUAAUGGAUUCUCAAAUGCAAAAUAUAAAAAAUUUGAUUAUAAAGAUCAAGCAGAACAAUAUAUUAAAGAAGAAAAAGAAAUAAUUAAUAUUGAUUCAAAUACUCUUCAAGUUUGGACAGAUGGAAGUACAUUUGAUAAUAGAAGAGUAUUUUGGAAAAAAAAUGAUCCUAAAAAUUUAAGUAAAUGGUUACCUGGAAAAGAACAGACAAAUAAUCGUGCAGAGAUAUUUGCUAUAAUUAGAGCAUUAGAGAUUUGUGAAGAUAAGAGAAAGAAAUUAGAGAUAAUGACAGAUAGUAAAUAUGUAAUUAAUGCAUAUGAAAAAUGGAUAAAUAAAUGGGAAAAAAAUAGAUGGAUAACAUCUUGUAAUACAGUUGUAAAAAACAAAGAUUUGUUUGUUAGAUUGAAAAGAUUAAUAGAAAAUCGUAUUGGAACUGUAAAAUUAGUUCAUGUACAUGGACAUCAAGGAAAUUAUGGUAAUGAACAAGUUGAUAAAUUAGCAAAACAAGGAUCAUUAAAAGAAUAUGUGAAAGAAAUAGAAAAAAAAACUGAAAGAAAAAUAACAGAUUAUUUUAAAUAA